AUGAAUGCACGGCCCCGGAGCUGGGAUCUCGUUAGCUGUGGCCUGAAGGCGUUCCAUAAUCUUGUCUCCAGUUCUUUUGCUGUGAUCCCUGGAGAAUGGCCCCAGAGCACCAGCCCCAGAGCCCCAGCCCCAGCCCCAGAGCCCCAGCCCCCCAGCCCCAGAGCCCCAGCCCCAGAGCCCCAGCCCCAGAGCCCCAGCCCCAGCCCCAGAGCCCCAGCCCCAGAGCCCCAGCCCCAGAGCCCCAGCCCCAGAGCCCCAGCCCCAGAGCCCCAGCCCCAGAGCCCCAGCCCCAGAGCCCCAGCCCCAGAGCCCCAGCCCCAGAGCCCCAGCCCCAGCCCCAGAGCCCCAGCCCCCCAGCCCCAGAGCCCCAGCCCCAGAGCCCCAGCCCCAGAGCCCCAGCCCCAGCCCCAGAGCCCCAGCCCCAGAGCCCCAGCCCCAGAGCCCCAGCCCCAGAGCCCCAGCCCCAGAGCCCCAGCCCCAGAGCCCCAGCCCCAGAGCCCCAGCCCCAGAGCCCCAGCCCCAGAGCCCCAGCCCCAGCCCCAGAGCCCCAGCCCCCCAGCCCCAGAGCCCCAGCCCCAGAGCCCCAGCCCCAGAGCCCCAGCCCCCCAGCCCCAGAGCCCCAGCCCCAGAGCCCCAGCCCCAGAGCCCCAGAGCCCCAGAGCCCCAGAGCCCCAGCCCCAGAGCCCCAGCCCCAGAGCCCCAGCCCCCCAGCCCCAGAGCCCCAGCCCCAGAGCCCCAGCCCCAGAGCCCCAGCCCCAGAGCCCCAGCCCCAGAGCCCCAGCCCCAGAGCCCCAGCCCCAGAGCCCCAGCCCCAGAGCCCCAGCCCCAGAGCCCCAGCCCCAGAGCCCCAGCCCCAGAGCCCCAGCCCCAGAGCCCCAGCCCCAGAGCCCCAGCUCCAGAGCCCCAGCCCCUCUCUCAUCCUCCGGCAGGUGGUGA